AUGGGGGCGCUGUCGCGGCCGGAGGAGGUGGUGGCGCUGGUCAAGCUGCGCGUCGCGGCGGGGCAGAUCAAGCGCCAGAUCCCGCCCGAGGAGCACUGGGCCUUCUGCUACGACAUGCUGCAGAAGGUCUCCCGCAGCUUCGCGCUCGUCAUCCAGCAGCUCGGACCAGAACUACGCAAUGCCGUCUGCAUCUUCUACCUCGUGCUCCGGGCCCUCGACACAGUCGAGGACGACACCAGCGUCGCUAACGACGUCAAGCUGCCCAUCCUCGUCGAUUUCUACCAACACAUCUACAACCCCAACUGGCGUUUUUCAUGUGGCACAAACCACUACAAAGUGCUCAUGGAUAACUUCAGGCUUCUCUCCACGGCCUUCCUCGAACUGGGUCAAGGAUAUCAAAAGGCAAUUGAAGAGAUCACUAGGCGAAUGGGAGCAGGGAUGGCAAAAUUUAUAUGCCAGGAGGUUGAAACUGUUGAAGACUAUAAUGAGUACUGCCACUAUGUAGCAGGGCUAGUAGGCUAUGGGCUUUCCAGGCUGUUUCAUGCUGCUGGGACAGAAGACCUGGCUUCAGAUGAACUUUCAAAUUCAAUGGGUUUGUUUCUGCAGAAAACCAAUAUAAUAAGGGAUUAUUUGGAGGACAUAAAUGAGAUACCAAAGUGCCGUAUGUUCUGGCCUCGAGAAAUAUGGAGUAAAUAUGCGGAUAAACUUGAGGACCUCAAGUAUAAGGAAAAUUCAGAAAAAGCAGUACAGUGCUUGAAUGAUAUGGUGACUAAUGCUUUGAUCCAUGCUGAAGAUUGCCUCCAAUACAUGUCAGCGUUGAAGGAUAAUACCAAUUUUCGGUUUUGUGCAAUACCUCAGAUAAUGGCAAUUGGGACAUGUGCUAUUUGCUACAAUAAUGUAAAUGUCUUCAGAGGAGUUGUUAAAAUGAGGCGUGGGCUCACUGCACGAAUAAUUGAUGAGACAAAAUCGAUGUCAGAUGUCUAUUCUGCUUUCUAUGAAUUCUCUUCAUUGAUAGAGUCGAAGAUUGAUGAUCAUGACCCAAGUUCUGCGCUAACACGGAAGCGUGUAGAGGCAAUAAAGAAAACUUGCAAGUCAUCCGGUUUAUUAAAGAGAAGGGGAUACGACCUGGAAAAGUCACGGUAUAGGCAUAUGCUGAUCAUUCUUGCACUUCUGUUGGUGGCUAUUUUCUUGGGUGUGCUGUAUGCCAAGUGAUUCGGCCAACAUGGUCCUUCUAUACUCAUACACCACCUAGCCUAAAGGUUCCAAGAUGCUGUACCUGCUGCAUGCAGAUGGAUAUGGUUUCAUGAUAUUGUGCUACCCUAAUGUCAUGCUAAUUCUUUUGUUCUUUAAUUUUGUCAUCAGUUAUGUUGUUUCAACUUGAAGUUGUUUGAAUAUGAGACACUUGUAACAUGUAUCAUAUGGAUUUAGCGUGGUGCCUUGUUAGACAAUGAUGCCAACUGCAUUUUGUUAAUUUGUGACUUAUCUAUAUGGAAAUACCAUUUUCAGUGCUA